AUGGCGGGCGGCGAGGAGAACUACUACGGCAAGCACGGGACACCCCAGAAAUAUGACCCGACUUUUAAAGGCCCCAUUUAUGACAGGGGCUGCACAGAUAUCAUCUGCUGUAUCCUGCUCCUGGUUGCUGUUGUGGGCUACGUAGCCGUGGGAGUGGUAGCAUGGACACAAGGGGACCCCCGGAAAGUGAUCUACCCAACAGACAGCCAUGGGCAGUUCUGCGGCCAGAAAGGAACACCUAAUGAGAAGAAACCUUACUUGUUCUACUUCAACAUCAUGAAAUGCGCCAGCCCUACGGUGCUGCUGGUAUUCCAGUGCCCCACCACACAGAUCUGUGUCGAAGAGUGCCCAGACCGGUACCUCACUUACCUGCAGGCCUCGGCCCAGAACAUAGAAUACUACAAGAAAUUUUGCCUCCCGGGAUUUCAAAACCUGAAGAAGAGUCCCCCUGAAGUUCUGAGAGAUGGCGACUGCCCAGCUAUGAUCACUCCCAGCAAGCCUUUGGCCCGCAGAUGUUUUCCUGCAAUUAAUGCUAAGAAAGGGGUCAUCAUGGUUGGAAAUGAAACAACCUUUGAUGAUGGACGUGGAGAAAAAAAAAGGAAUGUGACAGAUCUUGUGGAAGGUGCCAAGAAAGCAAAUGUGGUUCUGGAGGCCAGACAAGUGGUUAUGAAGAUCUUCGAAGAUUACACCGUUUCCUGGUACUGGAUAAUAAUAGGUCUGGCGAUUUCCAUGGUGGUGAGCCUCAUCUUUAUCGUCCUGCUUCGGUUCCUGGCGGGCAUCAUGGUCUGGGUGAUGAUUGUCCUUGUGAUCCUGGUCCUUGGAUACGGGAUCUUCCAUUGCUACAUGGAAUAUGCGGCGCUGAAAGGACAGGCUGGGUCUGACGUCUCUCUGAAGGACUUGGGCUUCCAGACAGACCUCCGUGUUUAUCUCCACCUGAGGCAAACCUGGCUGGCCUUCAUGAUCAUCCUUUGCAUCACAGAGGUGGUCAUCAUCCUUCUGCUCAUCUUCUUGCGCAAGAGGAUCCUCAUUGCCAUUGCACUGAUCAAGGAAGCCAGCAGGGCCAUCGGUCACAUAAUGACCUCUCUGCUGUUUCCACUCUGCACUUUCUUCCUGGUGUGCCUCUGCAUUGCUUAUUGGGCGAGCACCGCUGUGUUCUUGUCUACCUCUAACGAAGCCAUCUACAAGGUAUUUAAUGAGACGCAGUGCAACUUUACUGGGACAACGUGCAACCCAGAGACCUUCAACACUUCCAGCAUCGCCAAACAGUGCCCAGACGCCCGUUGCCUCUUUGCCUUCUACGGUGGGGAGACCGCCUACCACAAGUACCUCAUCAUCUUCCAGAUCUACAAUGCCUUCAUGUUCUUCUGGCUGGCCAACUUUGUCAUUGGCCUGGGCCAAGUCACCUUGGCGGGGGCCUUCGCUUCCUACUACUGGGCCUUCAAGAAACCGGAUGAUAUGCCAGCAUUCCCCCUCUUCUCUUCCUUUGGCCGAGCACUCAGGUAUCACACUGGCUCGCUGGCCUUCGGGUCUCUGAUUCUUGCUCUUGUCCAGAUCAUUCGGGUCCUUCUGGAGUACUUGGAUCAUAGGUUAAAAGCGGCUGAUAACAAGUUUGCCAAGUUCCUCUUGGUCUGCCUCAAGUGCUGCUUCUGGUGCCUGGAGAAAUUCAUCAAGUUCUUGAACAGAAAUGCCUACAUUAUGAUCGCCAUUUACGGCACCAACUUCUGCACUUCUGCGAGGAAUGCCUUUUUCCUGCUCAUGAGGAACAUCAUCAGGGUGGCCGUUCUGGAUAAAGUCACAGACUUCCUGCUAUUCCUUGGCAAGCUCUUGAUUGUAGGAAGUGUCGGCAUUCUUGCCUUCUUCUUUUUCACCCAGAGGAUAAAGAUGAUUCAAGACUCAGCACCAUCCCUCAACUACUACUGGGUCCCGAUUCUGACUGUCAUCGUCGGUUCCUAUCUCAUUGCGCAUGGAUUUUUCAGCGUCUAUGCCAUGUGUGUGGACACGCUCUUCCUCUGCUUCUUGGAGGACCUGGAGCGUCACGACGGAUCUGCCGAGAAGCCUUACUUCAUGUCGUCGAAUCUGAAAAAGCUUCUGAAGAAGACCAACAAGCGCCCAGCCGAAGCGUAACAAGCCUCCC